CUAGGAGCCAUUUGAAGAUUCUGGAAAUAAACAGUUUUCAUAAGAUCUUUGCUGGCGUGACCCUGUCUUUUUUCCCAGGGAAAGGAUGUUCUCCUAAAUCUUCUUCAUGUUUCCGUGAAUCAGCAGUGCCCCAGAAAGCGUUUCGCUUCCUGAGACUCCAGGGAAGUCUUGGAACACAAAGAACUUGAAGAGGGAGCCUGGCCAAAUAGAGAUUUUUGAGCCUUUGUAGCCUUGCUAAAGCAGAUUAUUAGUACAAACAAAAUCAAAGUCUGUGUGUUCCUAAAAGCAGCAUUUUCAUAAUAGAACUAAGAAAUAUCAAGAUUUAAAGCAUAAAUACCUUGGAACACUCAGAAGAGCAACAUGGGAGAAACUGAGAAAAGAAUUGAAACUCAUAGAAUAAGAUGUCUUUCCAAGUUGAAGAUGUUUCUGUUGGCAAUAACAUGUGCGUAUGUAUCCAAAACACUAUCCGGAUCUUAUAUGAAUUCCAUGCUCACACAAAUAGAGAGACAAUUCAACAUCCCAACAUCUCUAGUUGGAUUUAUUAAUGGAAGCUUUGAGAUUGGAAAUCUUUUGUUGAUUAUAUUUGUGAGUUAUUUUGGAACUAAACUGCAUAGACCUAUAAUGAUUGGUGUUGGAUGUGUGGUUAUGGGCCUUGGGUGUUUCUUACAAUCACUACCUCAUUUCCUCAUGGACCGUUAUGAAUAUGAAUCUACAGUUUCAGUUUCUGGUAAUUUGUCCUCAAACAGUUUCUUGUGUAUGGAAAACGGAACCCAGAGUUUCAAACCAACAGAAGAUCCAUCAGAAUGUGUGAAGGAAGUUAAAUCAUUAAUGUGGGUGUAUGUACUAGUUGGAAAUAUUAUACGUGGAAUUGGUGAGACUCCCAUCAUGCCUUUGGGUAUUUCCUACAUAGAGGAUUUUGCCAAAUCUGAAAACUCUCCUUUAUAUAUUGGGUUUAUAGAAACAGGAGCUAUCAUUGGUCCUUUGAUUGGACUUUCGUUAGCGUCAUUCUGUGCAAAUGUUUAUGUUGACACUGGAUCGGUGAACACAGAUGAUCUGACCAUAACUCCCAUUGAUACUCGUUGGGUUGGUGCAUGGUGGUUUGGCUUUUUGGUUUGUGCAGGGGUGAAUGUGCUUACUGCCAUUCCUUUUUUCGUUUUGCCCAAAACGCUUCCAAAGGAAGGACUAGAGGAUAUUGCUGAGACCAUUAAAAAUGACAAAGAAGAGAAACAAAGCGAAGUCAGGAAGAAAAGCGUUGGAAUCACUAAAGAUUUUUUACCAUUCAUGAAAAGUCUUUUGUGCAACCCAGUUUACAUGCUUUUCAUACUAAUAAGUGUGCUGCAAUUCAACGCAUUUGUCAAUAUGAUCUCCUUCAUGCCUAAAUAUCUGGAACAGCACUAUGGAAAAUCAGCUUCAGAUGCAAUCUUUCUCAUUGGUAUUUAUAACUUACCUCCAAUAUGCAUUGGAUAUAUAGUUGGUGGUUUAAUUAUGAAGAAGUUCAAGAUUACUGUCAUACAAGCUGCCCACAUAGGAUGUUGGUUAUCUUUAAUUGAGUACCUUCUCUAUUUUUUGUGUUUUCUCAUGAUCUGUGAUAAUUCUUCAGUUGCUGGCAUAACCACCUCUUAUGAAGGAGUGCAACAAGAUUUACAUGUGGGAAAUGGCAUCCUUGCUGACUGCAACAUGGAUUGUAACUGUCCAACUAAAAUAUGGGACCCUGUAUGUGGAAACGAUGGUUUGUCAUACAUGUCAGCUUGUCUUGCAGGUUGUGAGACAUCCUCUGGAACAGGAAUAAACAUGGUGUUCCAAAAUUGUAGCUGCAUUCAAACACCAGGAAAUUCAUCUGCAGUUCUUGGGCUAUGUGACAAGGGACAGGACUGUUCCAUGAUGCUCCAGUACUUUUUAAUCUUGUCGGUGGUCAGCAGUUUCAUCUAUUCUUUAUCUGCCAUCCCUGGAUAUAUGGUUCUCCUGAGGUGUAUCAAGCCUGAAGAGAAGUCUCUUGGUGUGGGAUUACAUGCAUUUUGCACAAGGGUAUUAGCUGGAAUUCCCGCACCUAUAUAUUUUGGAGCUUUAGUGGACUCCACAUGUUUACACUGGGGUACUUUGAAAUGCGGUGAGUCAGGGGCAUGUAGGAUAUAUGAUUCCACCAACUUCAGAUACAUCUACCUUGGAUUGCCAGCAGUGCUAAGAGGAUCAAGCUAUAUUCCAGCCUUUUUAAUCCUCAUUAUUUUGAGGAAGUAUCGUCUGCCAGAGGAAAAUGCCUCUUCAGAAACUAUGCUUGAGGCCAAGUUUACAGGGAAGGAAAAUGAGGGCAAAGAGACGGACCAAAAUUCCAAAGUUUUGAAUGAUGAUGAAUUGAAAACUAAACUAUAAUGCUCUUUUAUAUCAUGCUUCGCAGAAUUGGAGAACACACUACAACUUAAUUGUUUUUAAAAUCAAUAGAGGUACUUACUGCAGGUAAUAUUUCCUUGUCUUUAAGAACCUCAACAUUUUUCUUUACUCAAGGUAAAAAAAUGUUCACUGAUGGUAUUUCUGAAGGAACAAUGGCAUUUGAGAUUUUCCUCAGAGGGACAUUUAUAAACAACCUUCAAAGUAGGAUAUUAGAACCAGCUUUAUUUUUAUGUUAACUUGUUAAAACAGCAAUUUCUCUUUUCACUUAUGCAAAAUAAGGGCAUAUUUCCCAAAUCUUUUCCACAUGAUGCUAAAAAUUUCCUAUUAUGAAAAUCUAUUUAAUUCCAUUGAAUUUCUGCUUUGAUAUCAGGAUUAUUUCAAGACUGAAAUUCUUAUCUUCUUAUGUGAAUAUUUAAGUAUUUUAUUCAAAUUUAUCACUUCAUGUGAAAGAAGAGUAAAUCUUUUAAAUCUAUUUUGGAAUUGUUCUUUACCUCUUCCUAUUCAUUCCAGACAUGAUUCUUUUAAAAUAGAUUACUCACUAAUAUGCCAUCACUUGAUUUCAGUUCAUUCCCUGCUUUUUGACUCAUGUCAUAUAUUUGCUCAUUUUGUUCAGAGUACUGACAAACUUAAUCAGGUAAUUAAAAAUCAUGUAGCAAAGAUUGUUGGAUUUUUUUUUCAGCAAUUCAAUGGCAACUGAACUCUCUCUUAAAAACAAAUGUCUAAGUCAAAGUGUGAAAGGUCAAUAUUAGAAAAUCACUAGUCCUUUUUUUUUCAGUAUUUUUUAAUUAAUUAAUUAAUUUAUUUUUGGUUGCGUUGGGUCUUUGUUGCUGUGCAUGGGAUUUCUCUAGUUGCGUCGAGCAGGGGCUACUCUUGGUUGCGGUGCGCGGGCUUCUCAUUGCAGUGGCUUCUCUUGCUGCAGAGCAUGGGCUCUAGGUGCGUGGGCUUCAGUAAUAGUGGCACGUGGGCUCAGUAGUUAUGGCUGGCGGGCUCUAAAGCGCAGGCACAGUAGUUGUGGUGCAUGGGCUUAGUUGCUCCGCGGCAUGUGGGAUCUUCCCGGACCAGGGCUCGAACCCGUAUCCCUUGCAUUGGCAGGCGGAUUCUUCCCACCAGGGAAGUCCCGAAAGACACUAGUCCUUAAAGGCUGUUUGUAUUGCCAGAUGUUAUCCAAAAAAUCAGUUUCCCAGAUUCAGGAGGCCUCCUUAGUCUAAUGUUUAUGUCACCCAACGUGUCCUAAGUUAGAACACAAACACAAAUUUUCUUUAUGUCCUCUUAGAGAAUGAAGUGUUUAAAAAGUAGCUUCUGUUAUGGAACUGAGGUUAAGAAAAUUCAAGAUGUACAUUUAAAACUAGAUCUACACUUAUUAUUAUUUUGUAGCUUAGGGAUACAAUAAAAGUAUGAAAGGAUUUUAGAGACACAAGAGGCCUUAUGGGUGAUAUGGAGUUUCUGGUUCAAGAGAAUAGAAUGAACAGCCAUGUUUAUCUACUUAUUCUCCCUCCCACUGAAAGGACAGUCAAUAUAGAUGCAAUGAUAGAACUCCCUUAAGGGUGAGGAAGAUGUGGAGAGGGAGGAUUGGAGAAGUGGUUGUCAAUAUACUCUGAUUAUUUAUGUGUCAUAUAAAGGGAAUGGGAGUGUCUCCAGGGAUAGAACAGGGUGGCAGGAGCUGUCAUUCAGGAUGCACUUAGAAGGAGCCUGGGAUGUAGGUAGGAACCUCUGAGUUGAAAGUUCAAAGAAUACAAGUUAGACAGAAAAUAGACCACAAGCUAGACAGGAAAUAGGCCAGUUAGCUGAGGGACUGUCUAUGUAUACUUUGCAGACCAAUAUGAUUUCCUGAGAAUUGGAUGCAUCAUUUAAGGAGAAAGCAACAGAGAGGACUGGGUAGAACAGGUUUGGGGGGGAAGAUUUAAGAGUUCAGUUCUCUGCUCACGAAGUCUGAGACUUCAUCAAGACUGUGAUUCAAGACAGGAACAGUGUUGACACUGGAGAGAGGAGCUAAAACCAUUGGAAGUGAGGAGUUCCAACUCAGGGGACGUGUGGCAGAUGAGGGACAGUUCUGUGUUAGGGUCAGAUGACAUGAAACUUGGAGCUGCUUUAUUUGGGAAGGGAGGAAAUGGGGAGAAUGCUCUGGAAGCUAAAAGAGGAGCAAGAACUCACCCUAUAUCCAGAGAGUUGUGAGAAAAAGUCAACAGUUACCACAUGAGAUGCUUUUGGGGGAAGCGUUGUCCUCAGGAGAAACCCAGAUUUUGGUGAGGCUGCAGCCGUGAAGAGAAUGCUGGUUUAUGAGUUUGAGAAUAUGGACAGUUUUGGAGAUGAGGGACUCUGAGUUCCAGGGGACAAACUGAAAGGGGGCAGAUUUCAAAAUUGGAGUCUGAGAGAAAAAGUUGAUAAUUAGAGGUAUAUGGAAAUUAGAGAAUGAAAAUUAGAAGAAGGGGAAUGAGAGAUCAUCUGCAAUUCCGGGACUUUUUAGGUAACUGACGUAAUGAGGUUAGUCCUGAUAGAUUUCAAGACAGAUAGUGUUGGUGAGACUGUGAGUGUCAAAAUUAGGAGGGGUCAUGACUGGGCUUCCUCAUGACCCCUUGUCAUGGAGGCAAACUGGAGAAUCAAAAUCUUACUUGAGUACUUGUGGGUCUUUCUUGACUUCUGUUGAUGGGUUUAAGUUGAUCAGAGAAAGCUGAGUCUUAACUCUGUGCACAGUUCACCCACUUGAAUACCCUCAGUGGAGCAGGGUAGGCCCAGAGAGACAUGAUUUUGGACCCAGUGUCUUGGGCUCACUCUUAUCGCCUGCUGGGAAUGAUGGCAUUUUAGUCUAGGGUUCUCUCUUGACACUUCUUGGUGGAGGAAAGAAAAUCAGAGAAAGUGAGUAUUGGAGUGCUCUGUGACCUCUCCUGACCUCUGUUGUUCAAGUCCAUGAGGCCUAGGGAAGUCAGUUAUUAUUCUGAGCAUUUGUCCUCCCUCAGGAUAGGGUAGAAGUAAAGGCACAGCAGACGGAAGUAGAGGAGAGAAACAGCAGGAAAACCGGUAGUGGGAAGUCUAGGAUCGUUCAUUGUCUUAUUUAAUACUGUGAGGAGUCUAGGUUUAUGGAAUUAGAAAUGGUUUAAUAUAUUAUUUAUAAUUCUCAAUAUAACUGAUAUUUUUGGGAACUUUAAAAAUAAGUACAUAGAAAAACCACAAAAAUUGGGAAAAAACAUAAAGGGGAGGAGAGGAAUUCUUCAUAUUUUAUAGCAUGGAGUUAAAAUAUAUUUUAAGCUUAAUAAAUUCAGAUAAAAUUGGCAAACAUAUCUUAUCAGAACUGCUGAGAAGUGGUUGUCUGUGUAGCGUUGGAAGCAGGAAGAAAAGCAAAGAACAAUGCAUUUGCCUUUCAUUUUUGCCCCUUUUGUACUCUGAUUUCUUUUCUCUUUUGCAUGUAAAAUACAAUGAAAAAAAUUUCAUAAAGAAUACACAUCAGCAAAAACAAUAAUAAUAAAAGAAAUAAAACAGGGCAUUUUAUAGAAAGGGAAGAACUGAGUCCUCCAAUUGUGAGAUUUUCAAAGGUUCUACAAUGGGUGUUCAUUUAUUUACUUAUUAGUUUAGUUUAUUUUUUAACAUCUUUAUUGGAGUAUAAUUGCUUUACAAUAUUGUGUCAGUUGCUGCUGUAUCACAAAGUGAAUCAGCUAUACAUAUACAUAUGUCCCCAUAUCUCCUCCCUCUUGCAUCUCCCUCCCACCCUCCCUAUCCCACCCCUCUAGGUGGACACAAAGCACUGAGCUGAUCCCCCUGUGCUAUGUGGCUGCUUCCCACUAGCUAUCUAUUUUACAUUUGGUAGUGUAUAUAUGUCCAUGUCACUCUCUCACUUCGUCCAAUGGAUGUUUAUUGAGCAACUUUUUUCUUGUUUCUGUCCUUUGUUCUAGAGGAUAUGUGUCUUGGUGUGUGUAUGUAAGGAAGGUGGUGAUGAACUAAGUUGUAGGCCUUAAAAUUCAAGUGGGUGUCAUUUUAUUAGGGUGAAUAAAUAUAUACAGAAAACAAUGACAGAAUGACAAAUAACAGCACAAGGUAAUUUCAAACCCUAUGGACAUAUGGUGAGUCACUAAGUAAUCAGAGAUUUUUGCAAAAACUUCCCAUUCUGUUUUUGGGAAACAUUGCAGAAGCAUGCUAAUUGGUAAGGGAUUUCUUUCCAAAAGAAGAAGACAAAGCUUUCUAGGAAGACAUUUUGCCCUUUUUCCUUCUUCCUUCUGGAACUGAAGAUAUUAGGCCUCAAGGAGCAGCAAGAAGCCGUCUUGCCACCAAGAGGCAAAAGCAUAGGGAUGAAAGAUGAUGAAACACGGUGUAGCAGGAAGACAGUGAGAGCCCGGCCACCAGCAGUGGAAGGGCUGAGUUUUGCGGGCUUUUAAGUUUACCAAAUGUGAGAGGAAGGCCUAUAAAAAAUUUCAAAAUGAUGAAUACAUAAUAAAAUUAAAAGUGAUAAUUUGCUUAGAAUGAGAACAAAAAAUCACAAGUUCCAUAUGAUAUGCUUUCAGACAUGAUCAUGAUUUCUUUUUUUAAAAAAGCACUACUGCAAACAUUAGAGUUAAGUGGGAUAUUUAAUUUUAAUAAAGCUUUCCUGCUGACGUUGGGAGUGAGAAGGAAAUGGCUACUAUUGCCAUUUCUAUUCAACAUUAUGUCCUAGCCACAGAAAUGGGAAGAAAAAGAAUUAAAAUUUGUAAGCAUAAGAAAAGAAACAAAAAAUAAAACUAUCAGUGACACGUUUGUAUUGCAGAAAAUCCACAAGUUACUAUAGAUGAGCUAUCAACGUGAUUAAGUGAAUUUUAAGAAAGUUCACUGGUUACAAGGGCAGUCCACAAAAUCAAAUGCAGCUGUUCAUAUAUCAAUAGCAAUUAGGAAAUGAUAUUAGUAAAGCAUAUUAUUUAGUGUAGCAUCAAAAAAACACAAAAAACAAAAAAUAAAACCACAUUGAAAUCCUAGCAAUAAAUCUUAUUGUGUCUAAGACCUCUAUCCCCAAUACUGCAAAGCAGUAUUCAAAGAAAUUAAGACCUACAUCAUGUUCAUUUAUUGAGAGAUUUAAUAUUUUAAGGAUGUCGGUUCUCCCAAAUUUUAUCUAUAAGUUCAGUGAAAUCUCAGACAAAAUCCCAGUCGUUUUUGAAAUGUGGAUAUUGACAAGAUUAAUUUGGCCUUUACAUGGAAAUGUAAAGGGCCAAGAAGAAAUCAAAGCAAUCUUGAAGGGUAAAGUUGGAGAAGCCCACCACCAGAUGUUAAGACCUAUAAAGCUAAAGGAAUUAAGCCAGUGUGAUAUUGACAACCAGUCUCCCAUCCCUGGUGCCACUCUCUUCCUUGCAGAGACUUUCUUCACCCCACACAGAGUCCAACACCGUGUGCUGCUGGGCUGCUCUUUUCCUACCUGGAAACCCUUCUCACCCUUUUCGGGUUCCAACACCUCACAUCCAGCCUUCACUCUGCUCUCCCCCACAGUGAUGUCUUCUGCACCCUAUUCAGGUCUGACACCCAUGGCAGGGUGCCCCAUGUGUGAUGUCCCCCUUAUACUCCUGUGAUGGUCGGUGCUGUGUGUCAACUUGGCUGGGACAUAGUAUCCAGAUAUUUGGUCAAACAUUAUUCUAGAUAUUUCUGUGAAGGUCUUUUUUAGAUGAAAUUAACGUUUAAAUCAGUAGACUUUGAGUAAAGCAGAUUACCUUCCGUAGUGUGGGUGGGCCUCACCCAAUCAGUCAAAAGCCUUAAUAAAAAAAGACUGGCUUCCCCUGAGGAAGAAGAAAUUCUCCCAGCAGACUGCCUCUGGACUAAAACUGCAACACCAACCCUUCCCUGGGUCUCUAGGCUACCCCCCUACUACCUAUGUAUCUAUCUAUCUAUCUAUCUAUCUAUCUAUCUAUCUAUCUAUCUAUCUAUAUCUAUCUAUCUAUCUAUCUAUCUAUCUAUCUAUCUAUCUAUAUCUAUCUAUAUCUAUCUAUCAUCUAUCUCCUCUUGGUUUUGUUUCUCUGGAAAACCCGACUAACAGACCCUUCCUUGGAUUCUGACACCUAUGCUAGACUACCCCUCUUAUGGACACUCUCCUAACACUGCUUGGACUCCUGGGCUUUUACACCCACUCAGGUCCCUGUAGUUCCCCUUAAACAGCUUUCCUCCACCUGCACCUACCUACAUACCUACUUUCUUGGCCCCAUCUAAUGGCUCAGGAAUGAAUUAUUCUGGAAGGAAAAGGACAAGACAAAGAAAGAGAAAGAAAAGAGAAGACCAGGAAAGGAAGGAGGGGAAGAAAACAAUUGAAUAUUUGAUAAAUUUUAGAAAGUGAAUAUUAUGUUGGAUGUUAUGUAUCCAGAGAGUAGAUGCAUAUUGCUAAGUGUAUUUUACACUAAGUUCACCUAUGUCUAGGUCGAGAUUAAUAAGUGCUAUUACACAACAUUGUAGCCUUGAAAUUUAUGUUGAUUUCCUAUUACCUCCUGCUCUAGGAUGAAUAGAAACAAAGAGCUUCUUUUAUUGAUUGUAUAUUUAAAAUGCUUUUCCAUUUGUUCAACCACAUAGUAGGCAUAAGAAAUCUUGGAAGUGAUUUUUUAAAAUUUAUGAACCAUGUAUCUAAUUUUAAAAUUUAUUACUCGAGAGAUUUGUGGAUCCAACAAACAACUGCCUGAGAUUAUUUUUAUAUUUUUAAACAAGGCACUUACUUUCCUUUUAACUGUUCUCAAAUUUAUAGCCUGUUAUAUGUGUAUAUGACUUAUAUAUGUGACUCGUACAGGACACAAAUUAUAGAAAUGGCCCAAGUAGUACUCAGAGCUUUAUUAUAAACAAAGCUACUGAAGUAAAGCCUGGUGUGUGAUAAAAACAAAAUAUGAAACUUUUCUUGCAAUCAGCCCUAAGAAAAAUUCAAGCAAAUGUUACUUUAAAAUCAAAUGGAAUAAAAUAAAAAGGAAAUCACAAGACUCUUCAAGCCCUCAGAUGUCUGUAAUUCCUAUGUGUAUGGCUGUUAGCAUAACUGAUACCAUCUUGAGCACUGUUUCUCCUGUCCUUCUGCUGACUCUACACAGGACUGUACUGUACAGUAAAUCACUUCUCUGUCAUGAGGGGAUUCAUGGUUAAUAGGCACUGUUUACUAAUCAUUAGGAACAGGUAGCCUUUAGUCCCCAGUGAUGGAAACCUUCCCUGACGUAUUCUCAGCAUCCACAAGACUAGUUACCCAUUCAUGAAUCUUGACUUAGGAAUGCCCGUCCUCUUUCCAAGCAACUACCCCUUUCCCUAGGUCAACUAAAAUCGUCCCAGUGGCCCCUUGGCAGUGUGAGUGCAGCUGUGAACCCUUCUGGAUUGUUGUCUGCCCAAUCCUAUCGUGUGAA